AUGUCAUACAAGAUCGGCAUCGCCUUCUACGCCCAAAAAGACUAUCGCGGUCGUCCUUCCAGCCCCCACUGGACGCUCGUCGUGCACCGUUCCUCUUACAACGCACCAGACGUGCUCGCAUUCCAAGUGCGCCAAAACGGCCCGCAGUGGUUCCUCGCGCACAAGGUCGAGGGCGUCUCGCUCACCGCCGCCCCGACUUGCAUCGGGGUCCUCCACGUCGCCGACGUCCCUCUGGCCAGUGGCACCUCUCCUGCGACCAUCGCCGAGUUUGCGCAGACUUUCUCCAGCAUGAAAGAGGGCGACGAUCCUAGUGGGAACAUAGGUCCUGUACUAUUUGCAAACUGGGAGGACGAUGCCGCCCUCGCUUUACAGAAUGAACCCGGUCUCCUUGGGUUUGCCGUGCCCAAUUAA